GAGUGUCAAAAAGUCGAAUUAACGAACAAAAUUUUCAAAAAGGAUGUCACCUCCGACUCACUCGACAUCCCAAACGGACAUUCUAGGGCAGGAACAUGGAGUGCAACAGAUAAAUUUGGCAAAAAUUCAAAGACAACUCGAGAAACGGCAUCUCGUUAUUUGCACGUUACUGAGUGUUUGUGCGUGUCUCUUCUUGAUUGCACUCAGUUUGCUCGUUUCUCUCGUCGUUGUCACGCGAAAACAACAAACAGCUGACAGCGGCGACGUGAGUGGCAUCGAUAGUUUAAUCAAAAGUGCCAAAAUACUCGAAAACUUAUCGCCGUCGUCGUGGAUUAAUUCAGUCAACAACGAACCAAAAAUGAACAAAGUCGCAUCAAAAGUUCUCAAUCUCCUGACUUUUCGUCUUCCGCGUGAAAUAAAGCCGGUUCAUUAUGAUCUGUUUCUGGCGCCGGACUUGAAAACAAAUGCCUUUAGUGGCAAAGUAAGGAUUCAAAUUAAGGUAGAGGAGGCAAUUCCGUAUAUUGCGCUGCACGCGAACAAGCUAAACGUCACGAGCACGGCGCUGCUCAAAGUCGAUGCCAAUGGAGCGGCACACAAGGUUAAUUUGCUGCAGACAUUUCCGUACGAAAAAUACGAAUAUUUUGUAAUUGAGCCGGAGAAAUCACUCGUUGCGGGCGAUUAUGAAAUAAAAAUGGAAUUUGACGGACGAUUGGAUAAGCGAAUUGUUGGUUUUUACAGUAGCACGUACUUGGAUACGCGACGCAAUGAGACCAGAACGAUUGCUACAUCAAAAUUCGAGCCAACAUACGCCCGUCAAGCCUUCCCAUCAUUCGAUGAGCCCCAAAUGAAGGCAAAAUUCAGUAUCAGCCUUGCCAAGCCGAACGACGAUGAGUACCUGGCUCUGUCCAAUAUGAACGAAAUUGGCUCCGAAGUCGUUGGAGACCGAACGAUUGUUCGUUUUGCGGAAAGUGUGCCCAUGUCGACGUACUUGACGGUGUUUAUAGUGGCAGAUUUUCUGCAUAAAGAGGUAAUGGUUGACACAAAAGGCAUCGGAGAACCGUUUAAGCUGCGAUGCUUUUCGACGCCGCCUCAAGUUGAGAAAUUGGGAUUUGCGGUAAACACGGCAAAGGACAUCAUCGAGUACUACAUUCAGUAUUUUGGGAUUCCGUAUCCGUUACCGAAGUUGGAUAUGGCGGCGAUUCCGGAUUUUGUGAGUGGCGCAAUGGAAACGUGGGGACUUGUCACGUACCGUGAGACAAAUUUGCUUUUUGAUGAAAACGUGAGCUCAACAGCAAACAAACAGCGAGUUGCUACCGUAUUGGCGCACGAAUUAGCUCACAUGUGGUUCGGAAAUUUAGUUACGAUGAAAUGGUGGAAUGACCUUUGGUUGAAUGAAGGAUUUGCGAGUUACAUCGAGUACAAAGGCAUGCAAGCGGCUUUAAGUGACUGGAAUAUGAUGGAUCAAUUCGUUCUCGACGACUUGCAUGGCGUCAUGAACCUCGAUGCGACCACUGCUUCCCACGCAAUCGUCCAAACUGUCGAAACGCCCGACCAGAUAACGGAAAUUUUCGACACCAUCACUUACAGCAAGGGCGCUUCCGUCAUCCGGAUGCUCGAAGACUUCAUCGGACCCAAAAAUUUCCAACUGAGUGUCACAAACUACCUCAAAAAGCACCAAUACGACAACGCAGUGACUGACGAUCUCUUAACGGAAAUCGAUGCGUUGCAUUUGGACCUGAAUGUCAAGGAAAUUAUGUCGACAUGGACCGAGCAAAUGGGAUAUCCAGUACUAAGUGUGACACGCAUCGCCAGCAACGAGUUCCAAGUCGAGCAAAAACGCUUUUUGACCGACAGCAACAACGAUCCCAGCAAACCCGAGUCGAAAUUCGGCUAUAAAUGGGACGUGCCGGUGACUUAUUUCACGGAUACGGAUAAAAAUGUCACGCGAACGUGGUUGAAACGCGAUCAAAAGUCGAUUACGAUCAAAGUUGCGCCUGAAACUGCCUGGUUGAAGCUCAACAAGGACCAAAUCGGGUAUUAUCGCGUCAAUUAUGACGAAGAAAUGUGGGAAAAACUCACAAAUGCUCUCGUGAAGGACUUGAAUGUCAUGUCAACGGUCGAUCGAGCGCAUUUAUUGAACGAUGCUUUUAGUUUGGCAGACGCAACGCAACUUCCGUUCUCAGUUCCUUUAAAUUUGACGCAAUUUUUGGCGAAUGAAAGGUCUUUUGUGCCAUGGAAAGUUGCUGCGACGCGAUUAAAGUCGAUCAAAAGUUUGCUUUAUUACACGGAACUCUAUCCGCAGUUCAGGAAAUAUGGAGAAAAGCUGGUAGAUGCUGCGGUUGGAGGUUUAAGUUGGAAUGUCGAUCACACGCAAUAUCAAGAGAAUCACUUCCGUACCACAAUUUUAUCACUCGCUUGCAGUUUCGGGCAUCAACAAGCCUUAACGAACGUCACUGCGAUGUUCCAAAAAUGGCUUGAAAACCCUUCGAAAAAACCUCAUCCAGAUUUACGCGGCACCGUCUACUACUACGGCAUGCAAACCGUCGGAAACGAGCAAAUUUGGAAUCAAGUGUGGGAAAUUUUCGUGCAAGAGCAAGAUGCACAGGAAAAAGUCAAGUUAAUGUCCGCCCUGAGUGCAAUUCAGGUCCCGUGGAUCCUCAAUCGGUACUUACUUUAUUGCUACGACGAGAAAAAUGUUCGCGGGCAGGAUUAUUUCUCGUGCGUGCAACAAAUCGCCAAUAAUCGCAUCGGCGAGAACAUCGUUUGGGAUUACGUGAGAAUGAAGUGGCCCGAACUUGUGGAGCGAUUUGGCAUCAAUGAACGGUAUUUGGGUCGCAUGAUUCCGUCGAUUACGUCACGUUUUAGCACGGAAACGAAAUUGCAAGAGAUGAAAGACUUUUUCGCGAAAUAUCCGGAAGCGGGAGCAGGAGAGGCAGCACGAAAGCAGGCACUGGAGAAGGUGUCGAAUAAUAUCAAGUGGUUGGCUAAUAAUAUGGAUGGCAUUGAAAAAUGGUUGAAAUGAAGCAUUUUUUAGAGUAAAAUAAAAUUUUUCAUA